CUCUCACAAAACAUCCAUUGCUUCCUUCCCACGUGCACCCUGUGCUUUCUCAAGUUGAUUGCUCUGAUUGCUGUUGUUGACAAAACACAGCUUUAGUUAUUAGAAAGGACAAUCAUCACGGAAUCACCAUGACAGGCUUGUUGCAAGGGGCCAUGGAUGCCUACAGUGUGGCGCUGGAAGAGCGACCCGUGUUGACCGACAUGUGCACUUCAGGAUUUCUGUGGUUUCUGGGUGAUUUGGCUACGCAAUGGAUCGAGCAAUGCAACGAGAAGAAGAAGAAGAAGAUGGACUGGAAACGAACCGUAAAUCAAAUGGCGUAUGCUUCGGUCGUUUGGGCUCCCAUUGCCCACAAGUGGUACAUUCUACUGGACCGUUUGGUGCACAUGUUGCUGUCCAUGGAAACUACGCCCACAAAGUUGGUCUUUACGAAACUCCUGUUGGAAAUCCUGAUUCUACAUCCGGUCAGUUUGUUGACCUACUUUUCCGUCUUGGGAAUCAUGAGUGGAGACUCUUUGAAAUCCAUAAAGCAACAACUCUGUGAUGACUUUUGGCCCACGUAUGGCUUGGAAAUCUGCAUGUGGACACCACUGGAUGUUGGCAAUUUUGCUCUUGUGCCGGUACGGCAUCAACUGCUGGUGGUGAAUUGUGGAUGUCUGGUGGAAUCCACUGUCCUUUCCUUUAUCAAGAAUAAUGGAUUUCAACAAAUGAUGUCACAAAGCCUUGCUUUUUUGCCGGGAAAAGGAGAUCAAACUAUCGCUGAUAAGAAAUCAAAGGAAAAGAUCAGCUGAAGGAGCCAGCAGUGGGGAGUCAGUUGAUUGCCUCGUUCAACCUGGGGACAACGGAAAAAGGUAUUUGCAUGGGCUGUUUUCUUACCUGGCAUGCUGCCGACACGGCUAGCUAGUCAGUGAUGCCUACAUUUGUUUCGGGGCGUCAUACGCAGUGUAAUAAGCUGCGACAUGACUCGACUCGGUGGCUUCAAGGCUGCCCGUACUGUCCGAGUUCGACUGAGCCAUACUGUACAAGACCACCGGUACAGGCCAAGUGCAACUGCGCUAUUGCCCGUCCGAUUUUAAUCUAAUGAUACUUAAUAAGUGUACAUUAUACAUGCGGUGGAUUCUGGACCGCCAAUCCGCUGCCAUCGUUCCA